AUGAUUUCCACCAACUUUGACGCGAUAUCCGAGGCGCGACACAAGUGGGUGCACCGAGGCAAAGCGAGGGCUGGCCAGAACUACGGUGCUGCGCUCAUCCUCAUCGUGCGGCGCAAGAAGGAAAAGGCGCUGCAGCCCACGAUGCCCUGUCGGGAUCCGUACAUCUGCGGCCUGCUUAUCGCGCUGGCGCAGGCGCACAGGAAGUCGCCGCGAAGCGAAGCGCAGCGCGCCGUGUCUGGGAGGUGCUGCGUGAGAAUGAGCUUGUCUAAAGCGGUGACUGCCCAAGGUGGCCGCUAUGCCCAUCCUGAUAACUGUGUUGACGAGUCAGCAAAAGUAUCAGGUCGACGUUACCUUGUGAAGGAUGUAUAG